AUGAGAGGACCCUCCUCUCGGGCGACCCGUAUCACUCUCACGGGAAUAGCUGCAUCUGAGACACUGACCGUCUGGUUUACAGGCUCCAUGUCCACUCAGUGUGGCAACGGGGGUGUGGUCAAGUGCCCAUCCGGAGAGAGAGAAGCGGGGAAACUCAAUACAACACUGGAGUCUUUACAAGAGAAACUUGAACACACUGAAAACAUUAAAGGAAAGUGUGAUGAAGCAGUUGAACACAUCAAGACUCAAGUUGAGCACACAGAGCGUCAGAUUAAAGAGCAGUUUAAGAAGCUUCAUGAGUUUCUCCGAGAUGAAGAAGAAGCUACAAUCACUUCACUGAGAGAGGAAGAGGAGCAGAAGUGUCAGAUGAUGAAGAAGAAGCUUGAGGAGAUGAACACACACAUCUCAGCUCUUUCACACACAAUCAAAGACAUGGAGGAAAUUAUGAAAUCCAAUGACGAUGUGUCAUUUCUAAAGAACUUUAAUGUGACAAUGGAAAGAGCCCAGAUCUCACAGCCGGGUCCACAGAUGAAUUCUAGAGCUUUCAUUCAUGUGCCACAUUACUUGGGUAACCUGACAUUCAGAGUCUGGAAGAAGAUGCAAGACAUUAUCCACAAGACUCCUGUGAUUCUGGAUCCAAACACUGCACAUCCACGUCUGAUCCUGUCUGAUGAUCUGACCAGUGUGAGGAAGACCUGUAAAAGACAACCGAUUCCUGAUAAUCCAGAGAGAUUUAACUGUUAUUCGUGUGUUCUGGGUUCAGAGGGUUUUAAUUCAGGAACACACUGUUGGGAUGUGGAGGUUAAAGACAAUGAAAACUGGAUUAUUGGAGUAACUACAGCAUCAAACCAGAGGAAGGGAGUUGUUUUCUUCAACAGUGAUGUCUGGAGUGUGCAGUAUGAUGAGAUUGGAUUAUUCCCACUAUACCUAGAGCAAUCUUCUACUAUGUUUCAUGUCACACAGUAUCUUGAGCGUGUGAGAGUUCAUCUGGAUUAUGACGGAGGAAAAGUGUCAUUCUCUGAUCCUGUAACUAACACACAUCUACACACAUUCAAACACACAUUUACACAAACACUCUAGCCAUUCUUCUGGUGUUUUGAUAAUCUGAAGAUUUUACCAGUUAAACUGAUGGUGACAGAAAAUCACAGUUCUGACUGAUUGUGAUUAUCGAUGAUAAGAGAAUUUAAGUGAAAUCAUUGUGAAUUGUGAAACACUAUGAAUUGUUGAUCUUUGUAAAGGACUGAUAUGAGGUGAUUUUAGACUUUAUUCUUUUAUCUGUGUGGAUGCAGCAUCACACAAAAGCAGAAGGUUUCAGUUACAGAUGUCAUUGUAGAAAUACUCCAUUAACAGCAGUAUUAUUUUCAUAAUGCACACAUGAAGUCUUUAAGUGUCUGAAUAUGUUGUGAAGAGUUUACUUGUGCAUUAAACACAUGUUUAAGUGUCAUUUAAAACUCUCCAGAGAAAUAUCUCGUGACAUACACUUAAACACGUCCACUCAACUUCUGUGUCUGUGAUAUCUUCUCAGUGAAGUGAAAUAAUUCAACACAAACAUUCAAGUAUAUAUACAGUAGAAAAUGAGUAUUAAAGAGGGUUUCGUCAAUAACAACAAUUACAAAAUUCAUGGUAUUCAACUUUUUAUCAUAAUUUAAUCCAAAACUAAACCAAGCGAUCAAAUAUGAAUCAUCAAAUAAUCAAUAAAAUUUCUACUGGAUUUGUGAUUUUAUUUGUGCUUGUUUGUUUACUAUUGAGGUCAGUAAUGUCGUGCUAUUGGUCAGUUAAAAUCAUUAAAAAAGUUUUAAAAUCACAGAUUUUCUUUUCUAUUUCUCUGAUGUUCCUUAUGGGGCAUUUUAUUGCGCCCCUCCAGCAGUACGCCUCUGCACAAUAUGUGGUCAUAAAAUGCACCUGUUACCCUGUUAUUUUAUUGUAUGAUGAAUGUUGUAAAAAAUUAUUUACAUCAACAUCGGGACAAAGGUUUUCUAUCCACCGCUCGCUCACUGUCACGAAUUCUGCCUCUGUUGUUCCUUCUGCUCACCACCAGAAGCUCCAUCACCUGGAGAUUGACUUUAACUCUCUGGACUCCAUGUCCCAUAAUCCCCUUACCUGUCAUUGAUUACCUGUUCACCUGUGUCCAAUCCUGUCAGAUAUUUAAUUCUCACACUCACUCUCUGACAUUGUGAAGUCUUGUUUUGCCCUGGCUGACAUUACUGAGUGUUCCCUGUUUUCUUUGCAUUUCCUGUGUUUGAUCUUGGACUAUUUACCCGGUUUUGACCUGUUGUUGCCUGCCCCGAUCUCUUGCCUGUUUAUUGAAUACCUGCCUCUGAUAUUACUGCUGCUGGUGAUUUA